CAGAUGUCAUAGUAACGACGGAACCAAUGCCCUGCAAAUGAACUGUUGUAGGUUCCAUCCCGUUUUCAAUCACGCGUCUCGUGCGCCAUUUCAGACGUUACCGGCCAGGCGGGGGUGGGGGUGGAAAGGAAGGAAAAGCAAGCAAGAGAACAGGCGCGGCUUCAUUGGGAUUCAGUACUUUAUCCACUUUACCUGCCCGGGAACGACGUCAUUUUGGAGGCGUGGCCGCUAGCGAGCUCCACUCCGGUCAGACGAAGGCUUCUAAGGCCCUGAAAUCCUUGGUAGAGGAGAUGGCGCAGAAACGAAGGACUGGCCCCAAGCUUGAACUCACUGCAGACCAAAAGCAGCAAAUGCGAGAUGCUUUUGACCUGCUGGAUUCUGAUGGCACAGGAACCAUUGAUGUAAAAGACCUGAAGGUGUCCAUACGAGCACUAGGGUUUGAACCCACAAAAGAAGAGCUCAAGAGAAUAGUAGUCGAAGUGGAUAAAGAAGGAACUGGGCAAAUUGGCUUUGAUGCCUUUUAUUCUGUGAUGACUCAGAAAAUGUCACAGAUUGAUCCCAAAGAAGAAAUCCUAAAAGCCUUCAAGCUAUUUGAGGACAGUGAGAGUGGCAAAAUCUCUUUCAAGAACCUCAAGCAGAUUGCCAGUGAGAUAGGAGAAAAACUGACAGACGAAGAGUUGCAGGAAAUGAUUGAUGAAGCUGAUGUGGACGGAGAUGGGGUGGUGAAUGAGCAGGAGUUUCUGAAGAUACUGAAGAAAGUUGGCAGUUAACAUGGACUCCUCCCCCCCUCUCACUUGAAUAUGGCUCUUUCCCUCCAGCCUUCCUGAUUCUUCAAGGACCCAUGGAGACAAUAGUGGUCUCUAUUUAGGAUCCACAGAUGCGUUGACAGUCAGGGUGGUGGUGGUGGAGAGUGAACAGUGGGAGGAAGAGAAGGGUGUAGCUUUUAGCUUUUUAGCUCCUAAUAGGCACUCAAUUCAUAUUAAACGCUUUGUGCCAUUUCA